AUGGGAUUAUUCCAAUUGACUUUUGUUCUUUUAUUGAGCGUUGCCUCGGCUGCAUCAAGCACUUCCCUCUCACCACGUAUUGAUUCUAGCGAAGUGGGCGAUCAUUCCGCUGUUCGCGUACGACUCCUUCCAGCUUCAGUUCGUAACUCACCAGAUGAAGACUUUGCUACAUGGACUGUACCAAAUGCUGCUUCCACAAUCUUUGAGACUGGCAACCUCGCUGCCAAUCUUACAUUUGAACUCGCCGCUGGCGGCGGCAAACUGAGCGGUAACUCCAACAAAAUUGUCUACACACGCCCGAUCGCUUCUCUGGGCGAACGCGUCGUCUCGGCAGGAAUUUCUACCCAGUCAGAUAGUGGUGACAAUGUUGGAGGCGUGGCCAUCACACUACGCAUCACAGGUCUGGAGAGUGGUCAACAUUCGAUUCUUACUUGGCACAAUGCGUGGGACCAGCAAAAUGAGACAGCCGCGGUGAACAUCAAGAUCGACGACAAAGAAGCUGCUACAAAUGUUAAGCAAUCAACCCGGGUGGAUAACAUUUGGGAGUCGGGUGCGUCAUAUCUGAAGUUCAACGCUACAUCAGGAAAGCCUGUCCAUAUUGUCUAUACGCCCAACACCAGUGCCGACGGUCGGGUCUUUCUCAAUGGGUUUGAGAUUGAUACUCCGUCGCUUGACGAGCAGAUCCGCUUUCCUAGUCCUAAUCAUCGCAAUGAAAGAGUCGAGAUGGAUGAGGGAGUGUCCUCUGUCACUGCAUCCUGGACAGGCGCUCGGCCAGGAAAUGUUUCAUACGACGUAUACUUUGGAACAUCGAGGGAGAGACUUGAGAAUGUAGCGAAAGGGCUGUCGGAAACUAGUACCACCCUUUCCAACAUCAACACCCAAGAUACGUAUUACUGGCGAGUUGACGUGGUAGCAGAAGGAAAGGUUUACCAGGGCCAUGUAUACAUGUUCCGCCGUGCGCAGCUGGCAUUCCCUGGAGCUGAGGGCUAUGGACGGUUCGCUCGUGGUGGAAGAGGUGGAAAAGUUGUUCAUGUGACAUCUCUUGAAGAUAACGAAGCAGAGGGUACACUUCGUUAUGCUUUGUCAAAGGCCACGGGACCUCGGACCAUAGUUUUCGAUGUCGGUGGUGUGAUUACCACGACGUCUCGCAUCUCGGUCAACGGUCAAUACAUCACGUUGGCCGGGCAGACAGCGCCAGGGAAGGGCAUAGUCAUUCAAGGACACCCACUCGGACUUAGCGGCGCAACUGAUGUUAUCUUUCAACAUAUCCGCGUGCGGCCAGGUACAGUCUCGAAUCAAACCAUUGAUGGAAUGGGGAUGCAAGGCUCAAAUCAUGCCAUCUUUGACCGCUGCAGUCUAGGCUGGACCAUUGAUGAGUCUUUCUCGUCACGGAGUGCACAAAACAUCACCCUCCAGCGCAGUAUGAUCAGCGAGCCCCUCAACAUCGCAGGCCACAAGAACUACCCCGAGGGCAAAGCCCAUGGCUUCGCGGCCUCUAUCGGCGGAGACGUGGGAUCCUUCCAUCACAAUCUGAUUGCACACGCCGAGGGUAGAAGUUGGAGCAUGGCCGGUGGCGUGGACUCCAACGCUCAUUUUGCUGGCAAGCUGGACAUCCGCAAUAACGUUGUUUACAACUUCGGCAGCCGUGUAACAGACGGCGGAACGCAUCAGGGCCAAUUCGUAUCGAACUUGUACAAGCAGGGGCCCGCUUCAAACCUCACGUACGCCCUACGUGCACAAUACGAAGACGGGCUUCCAGGUACACAGCAGUACUACUGUGCCGGAAAUGUUAUGCCUGGCAUAUUUGAUGAGACUGAUAUCCAGUAUGUUGAUGACGGGACAGGCCAAAAGCAAAGAAUAGCAUGCUAUGCCGACGUCACAAUCGACAGAGUUGACUACCGCAAGUUUGUCGAUGAACCCUUCUUCGAAAGCUACGUCACAACACAGUCAGCUACAGAGGCCUACAAGAUCGUACUGAGUGAUAGCGGUGCUUCACAGCCCGUCCAAGAUGACCACGACAAACGUAUUGUCCUGGAGACGCUCAACGGCACGGCAACUUACACGGGAAGCAGAGGCAAGAAACCAGGCAUCAUCGAUAACCCCACCGAUGUUGGUGGACUCGAAGACUUCCCAUCCGUCCAGCGGCCAGGAACCUGGGACGCUGAUGGAGAUGGCAUUGCAGAUUGGUGGGAUGGCUCAACGGGCGGAGAGGGUUACACGCCUCUGGAAGGCUACCUCCAUUUCAUGGCUGAGCCUCAUAUCUUCGUCAAGCCAUCCGGCUCUGCCACAAUCGAUCUAGCUGCAUUGGCACGAGGCUUUGUAAAUCCCGCUUUCUCAGUUGAAGGUAUUAAACAUGGGAAUCUUGAGAUCUCGGGCUCCGUUGCUACGUAUACUGCGAGUGGUACAGGUAUCGAGCGACUCACAGUGUCGGUUGAAGACAGUGCUGGUAGUAAAUGGUCCAGACCGUUUGGCAUUGCUAUUUAUGAAGGAGAGACGGCGAGGACGUCAAAUGUGUAG